AUGCUAGCAUGCACUAACAGCAUCUUCCAUGGCCCUGCCACAUUCCACCGCCAAUCCCAGCCUUCUAAAUUCCUACUCUCCAAGCCUCUUCUCUUCCCUCGCCUCCCUCGCGUAGUCAAUUUCGGGAAAUUAAAGUUCAAUUCGCUCUUUUCCGUUAAGAAUAGCUUCCGCCGUUUCGACGUCAAAUCUUCCGUCAAUUCAUCAUCAGAAGUUUUGGAGUCCAUUGAUGUUGGUGUCCCGCAUAGUUCCCUGCAAAAGCAUUCGGUGAAGAUUCCUGUUGGUGAUAGACAUAUUUUGGUUGAGACUGGUCACAUAGGAAGGCAAGAAAGUGGUUUUGUUACAGUUACGGAUGGGGAGACCAUUCUGUACACCACUGUUUGUUUGAAUGAUACUCCUAGUGAGCCAUCCGAUUUUUCCCCCCUUUCUGUGAAUUAUCAAGAGCGCUUUUCAGCUGCUGGUCGUACUAGUGGAGGUUUCUUCAAACGAGAAGGAAAAACCAAGGAUCACGAGGUUCUUAUUUGUAGAUUGAUUGAUAGGCCUCUACGUCCUACUAUGCCUAAGGGCUUCUACCAUGAAACUCAAAUAUCAUCUUGGGUUUUAAGCUAUGAUGGAUCACAUGCCCCCGAUUCCUUGGCCAUCACAGCUGCUGGUAUAGCACUUGCACUUUCAGAAGUGCCUAUGUCAAAAGCAGUUGCUGCAGUUCGAGUUGGCCUCAUUGGUGAUACGUAUAUAGUAAAUCCUACAACCGAGGAGAUGGAAAACUAUGAGUUGGACCUCAUGCUGGCAGGCACAGAUAGCGCAAUAUUGAUGAUAGAGGGUUAUAGCAAUUUUCUUCCUGAAGAGAAUCUACUUAAAGCUGUAGAAGUUGGUCAGGAUGCAGUGCGAGCAAUCUGUAAUGAGGUAGAACUCUUGUUCAAGAAAUGUGGGAAGACAAAGAUGAUUGAUGCCAUCAAGUUGCCUCCUCCCGAGCUUUAUAAACAUGUUGAGGUUGUAUCCCGACUCAAGAUCCGGGUUCAAUAUGUUAUUAUCGCGACAUCACCCAGUUUCGGCUGCACAAUGGCGGAAUUCUGCUAG